AUGGGCCUAAAAAGGAAAAAAAUAUCCUCCUACGAUCGCGACACGUUCAACGCCAAAGGCUACCUGAAGCGUAACUACCGCGCGAGGCCUGAUGGGAUACCUGACUCUCCCGAGGACUGGUUGCCAUGGCUACUCAAGAACCUGAAGGACACCUUCGCGGGGGGUAAGCUGUCUGGUGAGAGGCUUCUGGAUGUUGGGACCGGCCCCGCCAUCCACAACCUGAUAUCUGCCGCCCGCCACUUCCCGGACAUCACAUGUGCAGAGUUCUGUCAGGAAAACAGGGAAGAGGUUGAGAGGUGGAUUCAUGGAGAGGAGGACGCGUUCGACUGGGACCCUUUCAUCAAAUAUGUGUGUGGACUGGAAGGGGAGGAAGACUGGGAAGCCCGCAAGGAGGCGUUGCGUGACGCCAUCCAACACGUGGUGUUCUGUGACGUCAGGGACAAGAAUCCACUGGGAGCUUUCAACGGUGGUCCGUAUGACGUCGUCAGCAGUAUCCUUGCAUUAUGUGGAGCAGCGAAGGACAAGGCCGAGUUUGACGCGAUCGUUUCUAACGUGGGCUCCCUGGUGAAGCCCGGGGGAACCUUGAUCCUGGUCUGCGACUUGGGGACAACUCACUGCUCCGACGGUGACAGGAGCUACCGGCACACUCCCCUGGACGCCGCGUACAUCCUGCAAACCGUCAGGAACAGUGGCUUUACUGACGUACAGAACGACACCCUGCUCUUUAGAGGUACCGAGCGCCUGAAAGGCUGGAAGGGUCUGAUAUACCUCACUGCACGCAGGUGUUUAGAGUAGAAUGCACUCAAAAGCUCCCACUAGGAUAAAACUGUCCGAAUCGAGGCCAAUAGAUUGGCUUUAAUACAUAAUAAAUUCAGA